AUGCGCCGUCUCAAUUUCGUUCUGCUGGCGACAGUCCAGCUGUGCGGUGCCCGCCACCCCGGCUUCAGCAUCCACGACGACCUCGUAGCUUAUCCUCAGUACGAGAUAGUCUUCUCAGAAUCAUUCAUCCCAGAACACGAAGCGCAGGCUCUGCUCGACCGCACGAACCCCCCGCACCCAGCCUACUCCGCCGACUUCUCGACAGCCUCCGACGUCUCCCAGAAUGUCCGCGAAGCCGCAGACGCAGACGGCCGCCCCGAGCCCGAGGUGUUUGAGCGAUACGAGGUCAUGAACAUGAACCCUGCCAAGUAUCUCUGCUCGAUCCCCAUCCUGGAACCCCAGACGCCCGAGAACCACACCGCGACGGAGCUCGCGAAGCAGGAGGAGGCGCGCGAGCUGGCCAAGGCUUCCGCGCAUGGAUGGGAGCUGCUCAACGAGCUCGACGGCAACUGCCUGUACUUCAUGUCGGGCUGGUGGAGCUACAGCUUCUGCUACAACCGCGAUGUCACCCAAUUUCACGCCCUUCCCACGGUGCCGAAUGGCCAACCACCGGUCCGCGACCCUCACACGGCGGAGUACGUCCUGGGUAGAGCCAGCAAGUCGCCCAGCCAGCGCCAGCAGACUCAGGGACAGCAGCAGCAACAACAGCAACAACAGCAGCAACAGCAGAAGCAGCAGCAGACGACAAAGUCAGGAGACCCGCCGGCAAACACGGACCUCCAGAUCAAAGGUGACCAGCGAUACCUUGUCCAGAGAUUGGACGGAGGCACAAUCUGCGAUCUUACGGGUCGCGAGCGCACGAUCGAGGUGCAAUAUCACUGCGUGCCAGGCAUGAAGGGCGAUCGCAUCGGCUGGAUCAAGGAAGUGACCACAUGCGCUUACCUGAUGGUGGUCAACACCCCCCGCCUCUGCGACGACGUGGCCUUCCUGCCGCCCAGGGCAACGAGCGCGAACCCCAUCAGCUGCCAGCUCAUCAUUCCCGCCGACAACCCCGCGGCACAAGCCGAAUGGCACCGCCUGAAGACGCUUGAGGCGCAGGAGGCGAUGGUCGGUCAGGCCGGCCAGGACCCCGGCGCCAAGCGGAGCGAGCAGGAAUUGCUGCAGCAGCAGCAGCAGCAGCAGCCCGGCGGCGACGGCCAGCAGCAGCAGGACCCCAACGUCAGGGAUAGAGCGCAGAAGGGUGUCAAUGUGGGCGGUGUCAUUGUCGGCGCCCGCAAUGUGCUGGCUGACGCGGACGAGGAGGGCAAGCCCCCUGCCAAGCUGGCGCCCCCGCGCAGCUACCUGCCUGGCCGCAACCAGGGCCCUUUGGUUGAGAUUAUCGCUAGCGCCAAGAGCAAGGCGGACGGUGGGGAGGUGAAGGUGCUCAACCAGGAGGAGCUCGAGAAGAUGGACCUGAGCCCGGAGCUGGUGGAGGAGAUGAGGGCUGAGCUCGAGAAGAUCGCUGGGGAUAAGGGCUGGAAGCUCGAGGUAGUUGAGCAACCGGGCGACCCACGAGAGAUCCGAGGCAUUGUUGACCACAAAGACGAGGAUGGGGAGGGCAAGGGGAAGAAGGCUGGCAAGGACGAGCAGCAGGAAGGCAGCGAGGAGCAGUUCUUCAAGGAGGAACUCUGA